AUGGUAUCCUUCGCGGAACUCGCACAGAUGAACCUCUCGCCAGAGACUCUGGCCGAGCUUCAAAAAUAUGUGACACCGACCGGUAUCGCUGACUAUGCUGCUUUAGCCAUCAUUGCCGGUGUCUCAGCAGGGUAUAUGUCACGAGGAACCUUUUGGGACAAACCUGACCCGCAUUAUCAUCUCUACUUUGAACGUCCACAGUUGAAGAAUGGUGGCCAGGCUGGUGUAGGUUCUAACAAAGAGACAAGAAAUAUUGCGCAAAAGCUAGAAGAGACUGGCAAGAAUAUUGUCGUCUUCUGGGGAUCACAAUCCGGUACCGCCGAGGGCUUUGCCAACCGUCUGGCCCGAGAAAUUGCCGUUCGAUGGGGCCAGGAAUGUAUGUCGGCGGACCUGUCAGACUACGACCCAGUCACAAUCUCCGAAAUCCCGAACACAAAGCUCGCGAUCUUUAUCGUCUCGACGUACGGCGAGGGCGAUCCAGCUGAUAACACUGCAGAGUUCUGGAGCUGGAUCACCAAGGCUGGUGAUGUCUCGCUAGCCAAUCUUCAAUAUACUGCCUUCGGCUUGGGCAAUUCCAACUACAAAUUCUACAACAAGGUUAUAGAUGUCAUCGUUGAAGGGCUGGAGAAGUUUGGUGCAAAAGCCCUGAUGCCACUUGGCAAAGCCAAUGAUGCCGAAGGUGCCACUGAGGAAGACUUUAUGGCUUGGAAAGAUAGCCUGUUUACAGUGUUCAGAGACAAAUUGGGCUUCAAAGAAGUGGAAGCCACAUACGUUCCAAGCCUGAAGGUCGAAGAAGAUGAGUCAUUGGAGCCUAUAGACCUUCAUCACGGGGAACCAAGCAGCCAGGUCGAUACUCCCAAGGGAGCCACUCAAUCCUCACCUAUUCGAAGCUUGAGCAUCGUCAACUCUCGAGAGCUCUUCACAUCGUCCGACCGCAACUGUCUUCAUAUGGAUGUGGAUCUGAGUAAUCAGCCAGAUUUGACAUACAAGACCGGUGACCAUCUGGCCAUCUGGCCCGCCAAUCCAGACUCAGAAGUAGAGCGUCUAUUCGAGAUCCUCGGUCUUACCUCUCGCUGCGAUAUUCCAGUCAUCAUCACGCCAGUCGAUCCAGCAACAAAGAUCACACUCCCGACCCCGACGAGUGCCAUCGCCAUUCUCCGCUACUACUUGGAGAUUUGUGCUCCUGUCAACCGAGACAAUGUCCGCGAUCUCGCCCAAUUCGCACCUACACCCGAGGCAAAGACAUACCUGAUCCAGUUGGGCCAGGAUAAAGAUUACUACGCAGAGUUCAUCAACCGAACCCACCUCAACCUCGGUCGUCUACUACAACUUGCCUGUCCGGGCCAGACGUGGACCAAGAUCCCUCUCUCGUAUCUCGUCGAGACGCUACCGCACAUCCGUCCACGGUACUACUCUAUUUCCUCCAGCAGUGUAGUCUCUCCUCGGAAACCUUCCAUCACAGCCAUUGUCUCCACAACUCCCCUUCCAGAAAAUACAAGCGAGCUGGUACACGGUAUCACGUCGAACUACCUCCUCGCCAUCUCCCAGCAAGCCCACUCCCAGCCCCACCCACAUGGCAUCUCAUAUCACCUCAACGGACCCAGCGACGUCCUCCAAGGUGGUAAGGUCUUCGCUCACAUCCGUCGAAGCAAGUUCAAGCUCCCUAUAACGGCCAAGACACCAUUGGUGAUGGUCGGUGCCGGAACGGGCCUUGCCCCAUUCCGAGCAUUCCUCUCAGAACGUUGCCAGGUACAGAAGAUCGGGAAGGAGAUUGGCCAAAUGAUUCUCUUCUUUGGGUGUCGUAAUCCCGACGAAGAUUUCAUUUACCGAGAUGAGCUUCAGGAGAUGCAGGAAAUACUCGGAGACAAAUUGCGUUUGGUGGCUGCUUUCUCUAGACUUGAAGGUACGCCACGGCAAUACGUACAGGACAGGGUUUCUGAGUUUGGGGAGGAAGUUGUAAAGCUUAUUGAUGAGGGUGCCAGCUUCUACGUUUGCGGUAGAGCUGGUAUGGCACGCGAAGUGGAGAAGGCGGUUGGCGUCACCAUGCAAAAGACUAAGAGGUGGUCUGAAGAGGAAGUUAAUAAUUGGAGCAAGGCAGUCAAGAAGAAGAACAAGUGGCAAGAGGAUGUUUGGGGAUGA